AUGUCACAUUGUGGAUCGUUGGCGACGGUGGUCGAGAAUCUACCACUAUGCUAUAAUACGGAUACGAAAAGCCUUGAUCGUGCCCCGUCACAGAAUUCUGGAUCAUCAAGUAGGCAGGAUACGAUAUUUAUCUCAUGUAAUCUUCGCACGUUACUUUUAAAAGCAAUGAACAUAGUGUUGCUGCAUGUCAACUCAGAUCAAGAUUGUUUGAAGCAGCAGCAUUUGUAUAAGCCGAAUAGCGGUUUCUUUAGCAAAGGUGAUCAGCCGUUCAAGAGAGGCCACAUACGGCGCAGUUCAUACGAAUCGGCACAAAUUCAGCUCAACUUUGCGCGACGAAUGACAACACCGCAUAGCUGUACUAUUUCUUCAAUUGCAAAGUAUGGAACACGUCUUGAAAGUGUCACUUUUAAUGUCAUUAUGCUCAAGCUCAAUUUCAGCUUAUUCUCUGGAAGUGGGUCCAGUAAGCCAUCAUGGUUUUUCAGGAAAGAAAAAAGUAGGGAUUCUGUAGUGAUUCGCACAACCGGCCUUAUUCUCGAGGAGAGGCCAAGCAGUUUGCCUGCAAAGCCUUCCGACGAGGCAGCACGGCAUAAACAAUUGUACUAUGAUAUGAUAGCGCAGAUGAAAAAGAAGGAGCAACGUGUGCAGAAAGAACGACGUCAAGCUCAUUUCGAAAAAGUACGUUUAGAAGAGCAAGCGAAGACCGCCUCUCUUUUGUGGACAGAAAAGAUCCUCCCUAAUUGGAAUGAAGCGAAAGAAACAAAACGUUGUUAUGAAUUAUGGUGGCAGGGUAUUCCACCAAAAAUUCGUGGUCGUGUGUGGUCGUUAGUCAUCGGAAACGCCCUCGAUAUCACACCAGAGUUAUAUGAGCUCAAUUGUACUAAAGCGGCUAUGGAAGUCUGUAGUCAAUCCGAAUCUGACCAACGAUGCAACAUUACGGAUGGUACUAAACCUGGGACACAACUUCGUGAGAAUUCACUCUCACAAAUUCGCCUGGAUAUUGCACGCACCUUUCCUUCUCUGGGAUUUUUCCAGGAAAAUGGUCCAUAUUAUGAUCACCUAAUGAAGCUGUUAGGAGCGUACUCUUGCUUUCGUCCUUCCGUAGGGUACCUUCAAUCAAUGGCCUUCAUCGCUGCUGUUUUGCUUCUUCAAAUGGAUCUUUAUCCUGCUUUUGUUGCUUUUGCAAACCUUCUUAACCGACCGUUACAGACAGCAUUCUUUGAAUUACGUCAGUCUGAGAUGACGAAGUAUUUCAUCGCUUAUGAUCGUUAUUUGGAACAAGAACUACCAAUUCUUCAUCAACAUCUUGAUAAACUAGACGUACGACCAGACCUAUAUCUUAUCGAGUGGAUAUACACGCUUUUUGCGAAAUCAUUGCCGUUGGAUAUUACAUGUCGAAUCUGGGAUGUUUAUUUUCGUGAUGGGGAAGAGUUCAUUUUCAAAACAGCCCUAGGAAUACUUCGUAUGUACGAGAGCCGAUUGUUGUCAAUGGAUUUUGACGAAUGUGUCGAGUUUCUCACGCAGUUACCAGAAAAAAUGUCGUCGUCAGAUCUGUUUCGUAACAUUGAACCUUUUGUUCGUUCGUAUUCUGCUGCUGAUAUCUCACGACCAAGGAAACGUUUUGUACAGAUUCUCAGUGAAGUGGAGAAGCGGGUAAAUCAAGGAGAUGCGAAAGGUCAUGACACAUUUAGUAGGAAUUUAAAAGAAGUUAAGAUGAGCAAGAGUCUCAGCGGGUUCAUUAAUGAUCUUUUUUCUUCGCCGUCAUAUCUUUAG